AUGCACAGGAUGCAUUUGAGGGCUCAAACUAUGGCAUCCCUAAGAAUGUUCCUUGCUGUUGGCAUGAUGAUGAUGAUCAUUAUGCAUAGCCCAAUGGUGAUUGUUGGAGACAAAAUAGGCAUCGGCGUUUGUUAUGGAAUGGUAGCCAACAAUCUACCUUCUGCUACCGAUGUGAUUAGCCUUUACAAGAAAUAUAACAUCGGCAAACUAAGGCUAUUUGAUCCAAAUCCUGACGCUCUAGAAGCAUUGAAGGGCAGUGGCAUUGACGUCGCAUUAGGCUUAAAGAAUGAAGAUAUACCGAGUAUAGCCACAAGUACUGAGGGAGCAGAAUCGUGGUUUACAACAAAUGUGCUGCCUUAUCUCAGUAACAUUACAUUUUCAUUCAUUUCUGUUGGAAAUGAAGCAAUCCCAGGAGAGUUUGCCAACGAUGUCGCCCCUGCCAUGAGUAAUCUUCAGGCUGUUCUGAAUGACCACAAUCUAAAUGGUAUAACCGUGACCACCGCGGUCGCUACGAUGGUGUUGGGAGUUUCCUAUCCUCCUUCAGCUGGUCAAUUCUCACCUGAGACAAAGGGUGCACUUGCAGAUGUGUUGAGCUUUCUAUCAAUCAAAGGGUCUCCAUUGAUGGCCAAUGUGUACCCUUACUUCGCCUAUGCAUCGGAUCCAGACCAAGUUCGCCUAGAUUAUGCUCUUUUCACUGCAAAAGAUCCAGUGGUUGUUGAUGGAAAUCUGAGUUAUCAUAACUUAUUUGAUGCUACGGUAGAUUCAUUUUAUUGGGCAAUGGAGAAACAGGGAGUAAAUAACGUAGGAGUGGCAGUUUCUGAGAGCGGAUGGCCUUCUGCUGGGAAUGGAGGUUUCACAACCCCAGAACUUGCAUCUACAUACAACAGGAACUUUAUGCAGCAUGUGUUGAAUAUGGGUGGCACACCUAAGAGGCCUGGGGCUUAUAUUGAAGGGUUUAUCUUUGCCAUGUUUAAUGAAAAUCAAAAGCCUUCUGGUAUAGAGCAAAAUUGGGGACUUUUUUAUCCUAACAUGCAACCUGUAUAUGCAGUGUUUUGA